CUAAUUGGUUUCUCAAUGAAAGAUAAUCACCUAUUCCCUGGAGAGGUUGGGGAUUAGCACUCUGCCUCUCCUCUCCAUCGCUUUUAGAUUUCUCAUCCUUCCCUCGGUGCGUUUAGUCCAUUCAGCAGAAGUGGAUCGAAGAAAGCGGCUCCCAGCGGCGCGGCAUUAGGGCCAGCACUCCGCUGCGCGCUAGUACUUAGCGACCCAUUCACUCACUUACUCUGCGCUCGCCUCGCCCGGCUGUCGUCUCAGCCACUGCUACCGCUGGAGGAAAAGUUUUGCGGAGGGGCUCAGGGAAAAAAAAAAUGAGCGAGCUGGAGGAAGACUUUGCCAAGAUUCUCAUGCUCAAGGAGGAGAGGAUCAAAGAGCUAGAGAAGCGGCUGUCAGAGAAGGAGGAGGAAAUUCAGGAGCUGAAGAGGAAGCUCCACAAAUGCCAGUCGGUGCUGCCCGUGCCCUCGACCCACAUCGGCCCCCGAACCACCCGGGCGCAGGGUAUCUCGGCUGAGCCGCAGACGUACAGGUCCUUCCACGACCUCCGACAGGCAUUCCGGAAGUUCACCAAAUCUGAAAGGUCCAAGGAUCUCAUCAAGGAAGCCAUCCUUGACAAUGACUUUAUGAAGAACUUGGAGCUGUCGCAGAUCCAGGAGAUUGUGGAUUGUAUGUACCCAGUGGAGUAUGGCAAAGACAGUUGCAUCAUCAAAGAAGGAGAUGUGGGGUCGCUGGUGUAUGUCAUGGAAGAUGGUAAAGUUGAAGUUACAAAAGAAGGUGUGAAGCUGUGCACCAUGGGCCCAGGCAAAGUGUUCGGGGAGUUGGCUAUUCUUUACAACUGUACCCGGACAGCGACCGUCAAGACUCUUGUAAAUGUGAAGCUCUGGGCUAUUGAUCGACAAUGUUUUCAAACAAUAAUGAUGAGGACAGGACUCAUAAAGCAUACCGAGUAUAUGGAAUUUUUAAAAAGUGUUCCAACAUUCCAGAGCCUUCCUGAAGAGAUCCUCAGUAAGCUUGCAGACGUCCUUGAAGAGACCCACUAUGAAAAUGGGGAAUAUAUCAUCAGGCAAGGUGCAAGAGGAGACACGUUCUUUAUAAUCAGCAAAGGAAAGGUAAAUGUCACUCGUGAAGACUCACCAAGUGAAGAUCCAAUCUUUCUUAGAACUUUGGGAAAAGGAGAUUGGUUUGGAGAGAAAGCCUUGCAGGGGGAAGAUGUGAGAACAGCCAACGUAAUCGCUGCCGAAGCCGUGACCUGCCUUGUGAUUGACAGAGAAUCUUUCAAGCAUUUAAUUGGAGGAUUGGAUGAUGUUUCUAAUAAAGCAUAUGAGGAUGCGGAAGCUAAAGCAAAAUACGAAGCUGAAGCUGCUUUCUUCGCCAACCUGAAGCUGUCUGAUUUCAACAUCAUUGACACCCUUGGAGUCGGAGGUUUCGGACGAGUAGAACUGGUCCAGUUGAAAAGUGAAGAAUCCAAAACCUUUGCGAUGAAGAUUCUCAAGAAACGCCACAUUGUGGAUACAAGACAACAAGAGCACAUCCGCUCAGAGAAGCAGAUCAUGCAGGGGGCUCAUUCCGACUUCAUAGUGAGACUGUACAGGACAUUUAAGGACAGCAAAUAUUUGUAUAUGUUGAUGGAAGCUUGCCUAGGUGGAGAGCUCUGGACCAUUCUCAGGGAUCGAGGUUCAUUUGAAGAUUCUACAACCAGAUUUUACACAGCAUGUGUGGUAGAGGCGUUUGCCUAUCUGCAUUCCAAAGGAAUCAUUUAUAGGGACCUCAAGCCAGAAAAUCUCAUCCUAGAUCACCGAGGUUACGCCAAACUGGUUGAUUUUGGCUUUGCAAAGAAAAUAGGAUUUGGAAAGAAAACAUGGACUUUUUGUGGGACUCCAGAGUAUGUGGCCCCAGAGAUCAUCCUGAACAAAGGCCAUGACAUUUCAGCCGACUAUUGGUCCCUGGGAAUUCUAAUGUAUGAACUUCUGACUGGCAGCCCACCUUUCUCAGGCCCAGAUCCUAUGAAAACCUAUAACAUCAUAUUGAGAGGGAUUGACAUGAUAGAAUUUCCAAAGAAGAUUGCCAAAAAUGCUGCUAAUUUAAUUAAAAAACUGUGCAGGGACAAUCCAUCAGAAAGAUUAGGGAAUUUGAAAAAUGGAGUGAAAGACAUUCAAAAGCACAAAUGGUUUGAAGGCUUUAACUGGGAAGGCUUAAGAAAAGGCACCUUGACACCUCCUAUAAUACCAAGUGUUGCAUCACCCACAGACACAAGCAAUUUUGACAGUUUCCCUGAGGACAAUGACGAACCACCACCUGAUGACAACUCAGGAUGGGACAUAGACUUCUAACGUAUUUCUCUUACCUGCUUCUGCCUUGCUGAAGACAGCUUUUUCUGAGACACAGCUGCCAGCAAACCUGAGGGAAAGAGAGAAGAUUAGUGCUCGGGGUCACCAUGAUGCCUUUGAUCGAUGCUGCUCCAGUAACUCCAGUGGCAUUAGGACUUAUUGCUUAGAUGACAAUAGUGCUCUUUUUACAUGUUUUCUGUUUGAACCUAAAAAUAGCAGUUGACAUGGUGGUCCUGAAGCAAAGCCUUUCACCAGUAAAGAGAUGUUUUCUAUUGUUGCAAUGAUCUAGCUUCGCUCUGAUUAUAAUUUGAAAGACAGUAAGAAACACUCAAUCUCAUAAGAGAGUCUGUACCUUGCUAGAAUGAUAAACAAGAUCCCAAAGUAAUAUAUUGGGUACAAUGGAUUUCUAUGGUACAAAAACUGGGCUCUUCCCUUUCUUCAUGUGAGGGUUGGAGGAUCUGUUACCGCGGGCCGGUGUACAUACCACACAAAAGAGGACCACGCAUCUGUUGGUCACAGAGUUCGUGUCAAACCAGUGCUAGAAGUCCCAUGAUUUCAUUUCCCAGCUGUGCUGAUGACAAGACUGAAUGUUACCUUUCCUUUCUGACAGAUUUUAAAAAAUGGUAUGUUAAAAGCACAACUGCUAUGGGUUCUGCUGAGAAACCCCAUAGCAGGUAUACAUGCAUUUUCACAGAGGAUUGAAAACAACCAACAUGCAUGAUAUUUGUUUUUUUUUUUUUUGAUAAAUUGGCAUGACAGAGUGGAAAAAAGCAAUUCACAACCAUUUCAUAUUUUUGAAAAUAUUAUGCUUAAAGAUGGUCCUGGAACUAAGUGACUAGCAGCAAUUGGUUUUUAUUUAUUACCUAACACACCCUCAAACUGAGGCUUAAAAUUUUCCCUUUUAUAGAAAUAAACCCUUGGGGUCAGGGUAGGGUGGGAUGGAGAGGGAUCAAGAUUCAUCCAAAAAAUAAAAAUAAAAAACUAUAUAGGUGCUAUGUAUAUCUUUCAUCUGUAAAUGUCAGUGUUUGAACAGACAACACAAAUUCUAAUCAUUAUAUGUGUAGCCAGAGACUCAAGCAUUUUCACUAAAUUUAUCAAACCAAACUCUUGUCAGAUUUCACUUAUACCGCAUAGUCUAGGGUUGAUAGAGGAAGGUUAUUAAAAACAUGUUUGAACUAGCUUCUUGUCUUAGGCCUGAACACUCCCUUCCCCCCCAAAAAAAAGAAGAAGAAAGAAAAAAGAAAAGAAUAGAAAGAAAGAGAAGGAAAGAAAGAAAGCAAAAGAAGGAAGGAAGGAAGGAAGGAAGGAAGGAAGGAAGGAAGGAAGGAAGGAAGGAAGGAAGAAAUCAUUGAGAUUCACUGAUUCACUAGAUGAGAAAACUUACUUAAUGUCAAGGAACAAGACAAAAAUUUGGCCAGGUAUUGAUUACAUUGUGAUGAAUUAACUGAUACGACUCCAUGUGCUUGUGAAAGUAGGAAGGCAAUAGAGAAGAAAACAGCGAAUUGAUUUCCUAAAAAGAAGGUUAACUACUAAAUCAAACAAAAAUAUUAUAAUUCUGAAAUAUCAUACUACCUAGAAAAGACUGGAUUUGAAAAUAUCGAACUGAUUUAUCUUUCUCACAUGGGGAAAAGUCAGCAACUUAAACCGAGUCCUUUGCCAGCAGGCCAGUUGACUAUUAUUAGCUGCCAUAAGUAGCAGAACCAUUGGGAAGCUUUUUUGGAUAAAUAGCAUUACAUCUACUUAGACAAAUGCAUAACAUUACAAGCUGUCAUCCUGAUUUGGAACUGUGUAUGUAAUUUGGUAUAUUAAAUAGGGGUUUGCAUAUUUCCAGUAGAGUGUUUUUAAAAGUCAAACAAAUAUAGACAUUUCUGCAAAAGAAAAAAAUCCACCUGGAUCAUUUACUGUAUCCAAGAAGUUAUAUGACAUUAUUUUUGUUUGAAUUUUUCAUUACUAAGACUACUCUAGAAUAUAUCUUAUUAAAAUAUAAUAAUCUAAGACAUUUGGAGAAUAAAAGUAUUAUGGACAUAUUAUAUAUAAUUAGAAUAAAAUUAAAAGUUUCAUUAUUACUUUUGUGUUAGAGUUUUUUCCUCCCUAUAAACAAUUUCUCAAAAAUCAAUCUAUUCCCUAAGAUUUUGGAAUAUAAAAUUAAACACAUCAACCUAAAAUCCAGCUAUACACACUACUUCAGAAGUUGUAUAUUGCUUUUAAUUGGCUUUUAAAAUACAUAAUUUCAAUAUUAUAGUUAAUGUUCAGUGAUUUUUUGUUAACCGAGAGAGUGGGUUAGGCAUGCUAAAGGUUUUCUAGAAUAUUAAACUUACCUAGAUAUUAAGAAUCUGCUCCUGCAACUUUUUAAAAAUCCCAACAGCCCCAGAGAUUAGCACUUACUAUGGCUUUUGGAACUGUGGUUCAAGUCUAAGACGACCAACAUGUACAAGUUCUAUGGAGAAGGAAGAAGCAGUGCUCAGCACAAUGUACCUGUAGGUCAUUUCUCCCACGUGUUAUUGCAUCUUUGUUAAUUUUACGAGUGGAAUUACAUUUGGAUGUCUAAAGCAAUCACCAAACAAUGAAAGUACAUCAUCCAAGAAUUACUAACAGAAAACGUGCAUUUAAUUUUCCACAUUGAAUUUUAAGGAAUUGUGUCUUAAUGAAGACAUUAGGGCUAAAAUUCGUGGUCAGCUUCAUAAAGUCUGCCUCACUUCUGAAUUUUUCAUGGCCCCUCUAUUUUUCCUACACUAAGGACGUCUGGAUAAGUGUCACUAUUCUUAGUCACAACCUAUUUGACUUGUUAACCUUCUUGUUAAUACUUUACGUAUGGGAAAUAAGGGCUUUCUGUGUCUUGACUCACAGGAAAAUGGAAAACUGCCAAGGAAAGGAACAUCGUAAUAGUGUAUAUGAGAUGGAUUGAAUACAUUAGAAAAAUGAUUUCUAGAAAAUUGUUAUAAAUAAUUUUUUGGUUUGUACCUUCUUUGUUAUUAAUAUAUGAAUCAGAUCCAUGUGGCAUUUAAAGCAUUUAUUUUGAGUAUAUUCUUUACAAGUCAUAAUUUUUACUUAAAAUGCAUGUGAACUACACAUGUAUAAUAUAUAAAUUCAACCCUUGAAUUUUCUUGUUUCAUUUCUAAAUGAGUACACUGAUGGGAAAGUUAAAUUGAAAGAAGUUAGCAACCAUAUUGAAAUUAAGGACAUUAGAACUGAUUUCUUAUAGUAGUGGCAAUCUGUGCAUUAUCCAUAACAAUCUUUCUUUCACAAUAGGACCACAGACAAAUAUUUAUGUAAAUAGAUAUUUUUUGUGUGAUAUUUUGUGGUACAUAUAACUUUUUUUAGUGUUUCACAGCAUUAUAAUUUCAUUUUAUUUGUACUGAAUAAUGUUUUUAGGUCUAAGUAGACUUGAAUUAAUGUCAUAAUUGUCAGUAUUAUUGAAAAUUACGUCAACUGUACUGUUACUCAUCUGUCCCAUAGUUUAGAAGAUGACCUGGCUAUCUGGCAUUGUUGCAAGUGCCUUAAAUUCAUGGCAUCCUAUUAAAAAAAACAAAUUUGGUGUUAUGCUGCAUGACAAAGACAAACACACCUCAAAAUGUUGUCCUUUCUUAGCUUGCUGCGUUUUACAGUUCUUUCUGCUAACAAUUUAUAAGCCUUUAUUAUAUAAUAUUGAUGAAUUACAGAAAUGAUGAAGUUGUUCUCUUAUUUCUGUUAAAUGUACCAGAGCUGUGUAUCUGUUAAUGAGAUACAGCGUCAUUUCUGUGAAAUGUAUAAAUGUAUGUGCAGGUCAAAUUAAUAUAUGACAUACUAUCACAGUCUGUAUACAGGUAUUCCUGUUUUGCUAAGCUGUGCAGAUUCAGUUUAAAAAAUUAGUACUGUCAAGUUCUAAUAUUUUUCUUUUUAUAGACUCUAAUAACAAUGGUCCAACUCAAAAGAAAAAUUAAGAAAUGACUGCUCACCAAACCUUGUUAUGAAAUUGAUGAGUAUCUUGGUGCACCACUCAACAAAACAGGAUGCUUUCUCUGAGUUCUUGUAUAUGCAAAUCAUUUCUGAGGCAAGUUUUCAACAGACCUAGAAAGCUAAAUAUUGAAAGUGUGUUGUUAGCCCUGCUCUCUUUCUGCCCCUGCAUCAAAAACAGACAGAGCUCUGAGAUCUUGACAAUGACUCAGAGGUUUGGGCUUUUCAAGAAAAGGGCCAUUUCUUUGAGCAUCAUUUAUCAAGUUUAUUUCAUUGUAUGAUGUUUUUACAACUGGUCAGUUCUUUUGUACUCUUACAGCUAUGGUUAUUUGAUUGUCCUCUUACAAUUUGUUCUACAUGAAAGAGUUCUUUGUUAGUCAGAAUGCAACAACUGUCAUGAAAUGGUCAUUGACCACUUGCACUCUUUUGAUGUGGAUUAAAAACUUUUUCAUAAACUUAA